ACGAGACUGUGGUAGGCUUAUCAGUACCAGUACCGGGACCGGUACAAUUUCAAACGGGCCGGGAUAAAGCGUGGUCCUCCACCCAGAUAAACAUUUUUGGACUCGUUUUGACUCGUGUCUGUCGUCUACUUGACAGUGAGUUUCAAGUAGCGAGGGAGUCAAGACUCUCUCCCUCCCUCUCUCUCUCUCUUUCUCUUUCUCUCGCACUGUGGCGUUUUAGACGUAGUGGUGGUGCGGUUGGUGAAUUGUUGUUUUCUCUGUCCCGAGAGAUCUCGCAUCGCAUUACAUAACUCGCGAAAUUUCGUUCAAUGGAUGGCUCCGGUAGCGGAGCUGCUAGUGGUGGUGGAGGAGGGGGUGGAGGUAGCCGGUUCAGGAGAAUACCUCGCCAGUCUUUUGCUCAUCUCAAGUUGGACCCUGUACUUGAUGAGAAUUUGGAGCAGUGGCCACAUUUGAGUGAACUGGUUCAGUGUUAUAGAAGUGAUUGGGUUAAAGAUGAGCAUAAGUAUGGUCAUUAUGAAAGCGUUAGUCCUCCAUCAUUUCAAACUCAGAUUUUUGAAGGGCCCGAUACUGAUAUUGAGACGGAAGCGCGACUUGCUAGUGCGAGGCGAGGGAAGGCUGAAGAUGGAACUGAUGAUGACAUGCCAAGUACUUCUGGAAGACAAUACUCCGAUGCUGCUGAUGUUUCGAAGCAUUUUGGUCAAUCUCCUCUCCCUGCUUAUGAACCUGCUUUUGACUGGGAAAAUGAGAGGUCAAUGAUAUUUGGUCAAAGAAUUCCAGAAACCCCUAUGUCACAGUAUGGCAGUGGGUUGAAGAUCUCUGUGAAAGUUUUGUCUCUAGCAUUUCAAGCCGGGCUAGUUGAGCCUUUCUAUGGUACAAUUUGCCUGUAUAAUAGGGAGAGAAGAGAAAAAUUGUCUGAAGAUUUCUAUUUCCGAGUUUUACCAUCUGAAAUGCAGGAUGCUAAAAUAUCAUACGAACCUCGUGGUAUGUUCUAUUUAGAUGCUCCAUCAUCAUCCAUUUGUCUGCUAAUCCAGUUAGAGCGGCCUGCUUCAGAAGAAGGGGGAGUUACGCCGUCUGUUUAUUCACGCAAAGAACCAGUGCACUUGUCAGAGAGAGAAAGGCAGAAACUGCAGGUGUGGUCUCGGAUUAUGCCUUACAGAGAGUCCUUUGCGUGGGCUAUUGUUCCGUUAUUUGACAACAACAUUGGUGCAGUUUCUGGUGGAUCUGCUUCCCCUAGCAGUCCUCUUGCUGCCAGCGUGUCUGGAUCAAGUUCCCAUGAGGGUGUGUUUGAGCCCAUUUCCAAGAUCACGUUAGAUGGGAAGCUGGGAUAUUCAAGUGGAAGUUCCAUUGUAGUUGAAAUAUCCAACUUAAAUAAAGUAAAGGAAAGCUAUACCGAGGAGUCACUUCAGGAUCCUAAACGCAAAGUUCACAAACCAGUAAAAGGUGUUUUAAGAUUGGAAAUUGAGAAGCAUCAGACAGGGCAAGCUGAUUUGGAGAACAUAUCAGAAAGUGGCAGUGUGACAAAUGAUUCCAUUGAUUUAGGGGACCGUGUUACAGAUUUGACUUUUGCUAAGUGCCCCAGUAAUGGUUCAGAUGGGCCUCAGACUAGCAACUCUAAGUGGACUUCCAGUGACGGGAAAGAAGUUUCUGGAAAUGGGUCAAAUGCAUCAGAUUUUAAUGCCGAUGAUUUUCAAGCUUUUGACUUCCGCACCACAACAAGAAAUGAGCCCUUCUUGCAACUCUUUCAUUGCCUAUAUGUAUAUCCCUUGAGUGUAAGUUUGAGUCGAAAGAGGAACUUGUUCGUUCGGGUUGAACUACGGAAGGAUGAUACUGAUGUUCGUAGACAGCCUUUAGAGGCAAUGUAUCCGAGGGAGCCAGGCGUGUCACUCCAGAAGUGGGCUCACACACAAGUCGCUGUUGGGACUAGGGUUGCUUACUACCACGAUGAAGUUAAAGUUUCACUGCCUGCUAUCUGGACACCACUGCAUCACCUUUUAUUCACAUUCUUCCAUGUUGAUCUGCAGACGAAACUAGAAGCUCCAAAACCUGUAGUUAUCGGAUAUGCGGCACUUCCAUUGUCUACGCAUGCUCAGUUGCGAUCAGAAAUUUCCUUACCAAUAAUGAAAGAACUGGUUCCACAUUAUCUCCAGGAUUCAGGCAAGGAGAGGCUGGACUAUCUGGAAGAUGGCAAAACUGCUUUUAAAUUGCGCUUAAGGCUUUGUUCAUCUUUGUACCCUGUUAAUGAACGGAUUAGGGAUUUCUUUCUUGAGUAUGAUAGACACACUCUUCGAACAAGCCCACCUUGGGGUUCUGAACUUCUGGAGGCCAUCAAUAGUUUGAAGAAUGUUGAUUCCACUGCUUUGCUUCAGUUUCUUCAUCCGGUUUUGAAUAUGCUUCUCCAUCUGAUAGGCAAUGGCGGAGAAACACUUCAGGUUGCAGCCUUCAGAGCCAUGGUUAAUAUCUUAACUAGGGUGCAGCAGGAGUCAGUUGACGAUGCUGAGCGGAAUCGUUUUCUUGUCAACUAUGUAGAUUAUGCCUUUGAUGACUUUGGUGGUCGUCAACCUCCUGUCUAUCCUGGUUUGUCCACUGUGUGGGGUAGCUUGGCUCGCAGUAAGGCUAAGGGUUACCGUGUAGGACCAGUAUAUGAUGAUGUUCUUGCAAUGGCUUGGUUUUUCCUUGAGCUAGUUGUUAAGUCAAUGGCACUGGAGCAGACACGUCUUUUCUAUCACAGUCUUCCAUUAGGUGAAGAUGUUCCCCCAAUGCAACUGAGAGAUGGUGUAUUCAGAUGCAUAAUGCAGCUGUAUGAUUGCCUUCUUACAGAAGUGCAUGAGCGUUGUAAGAAAGGGUUAAGCCUGGCAAAACGCUUGAACAGUAGCUUGGCCUUCUUUUGCUAUGACCUUUUGUCCAUUAUUGAACCUCGGCAAGUCUUUGAACUGGUGUCCUUGUACCUGGACAAGUUUUCUGGGGUAUGCCAGUCAGUUCUGCAUGAUUGCAAGCUCAUAUUCUUGCAGAUCAUAUGUGAUCAUGAUCUUUAUGUGGAAAUGCCAGGAAGAGACCCUUCAGAUAGGAACUACCUUUCAUCUGUCUUGAUACAAGAGCUUUUCCUAACUUGGGAUCAUGAUGAUUUAUCUCAGCGAGCAAAGGCAGCUAGAAUCUUAGUCGUCCUCUUGUGCAAGCAUGAGUUUGAUGCUCGAUACCAAAAGCCUGAGGAUAAGCUAUAUAUUGCUCAGUUAUAUUUUCCACUUAUUGGCCAGAUCCUUGAUGAAAUGCCUGUCUUUUAUAAUCUAAAUGCUGUUGAAAAGCGUGAAGUUCUAAUUGUCGUAUUGGAAAUUGUGCGGAACCUGGAUGAUGCAUCGCUAGUGAAAGCUUGGCAGCAAAGCAUAGCUCGAACCAGAUUGUUUUUCAAACUCAUGGAGGAAUGCCUGAGUCUGUUUGAGCACAGAAAACCGGCUGAUGGAAUGCUUUUGGGUGCUAGUUCUCGCAGCCCUGUUGGUGAGGGUCCUUCUUCCCCAAAAUACUCAGAUAGACUCUCACCUGCAAUCAACAAUUACUUGUCUGAGGCGUCAAGACAAGAAGUCAGACCACAGGGAACUCCUGAAAAUAGUUAUUUGUGGCAGAGGGUGAAUUCCCAGUUAAGCUCCCCUAGCCAGCCAUAUUCACUGCGAGAAGCUCUUGCUCAGGCACAAUCUUCUAGGAUUGGAGCUUCGGCCCAGGCACUAAGAGAAUCCUUGCACCCAAUUUUGAGACAGAAGUUGGAACUUUGGGAAGAAAAUUUGAGUGCUGCUGUAAGUCUUCAGGUUUUGGAAAUAACUGAGAAAUUCUGCAUGAUGGCUGCCUCUCAUAGCAUUGCCACUGAUUAUGGAAAACUUGAUUGCAUCACCGCCAUAGUUAUGAGUUUCUUCUCCCGGAAUCAGCCAGUUGCUUUCUGGAAAGCUUUCUUUCCUGUCUUCAAUCGUGUUUUCGAUCUUCAUGGGGGAACACUAAUGGCUAGGGAGAAUGACCGCUUCUUAAAGCAAGUUGCAUUCCAUCUUCUUCGGUUGGCAGUUUUCCGAAACGACAGCGUCAGGAAAAGGGCUGUUGUCGGGCUGCAGAUACUUGUGAGGAGCUCUCUCUACUUUAUGCAAACUGCAAGGCUGAGGGUUAUGCUGACAAUCACAUUGUCAGAGCUCAUGUCUGACGUUCAAGUAACUCAAAUGAAAUCUGAUGGAGCACUAGAAGAGAGUGGAGAAGCAAGGCGGCUUCGAAAAUCAAUGGACGAAAUGGCAGAUGAAUCUAAGAGCCCCAGCCUUAAGGAGUGUGGACUUCCUGAGGAUGCUUUAUUUGCUGUUCCAGAAAAUUUUUCAGAGAAUCGGUGGUCUUGGUCAGAAGUGAAAUAUCUGUCUGACAGUCUUCUUCUGGCCCUUGAUGCUAGCCUGGAACAUGCACUUUUGGGUUCUGUAAUGACUAUGGAUAGAUAUGCAGCUGCGGAAAGCUUCUAUAAACUUGCAAUGGCAUUUGCUCCUGUCCCGGAUCUUCAUAUAAUGUGGUUGCUCCAUUUAUGUGAAGCACAUCAAGAAAUGCAGUCUUCGGCUGAAGCAGCACAGUGUGCUGUUGCUGUUGCUGGUGUUGUCAUGCAGGCCCUUGUGGCAAGAAAUGAUGGUGUUUGGAGCAAAGAUCAUGUGGCUGCUCUCCGUAAAAUUUGUCCCAUUGUCAGUAGUGAAAUAACUGCCGAGGCUUCUGCAGCCGAGGUGGAGGGUUAUGGUGCUUCAAAGCUCACUGUUGACUCUGCUGUGAAGUACCUACAGCUGGCAAAUAAGCUCUUUUCUCAAGCUGAACUCUAUCAUUUCUGCGCUAGCAUUCUAGAACUUGUUAUUCCAGUGUAUAAAAGCAGGAGAGCGUAUGGACAACUGGCUAAAUGCCACACAUUACUCACUAACAUCUAUGAAUCAAUCCUGGAGCAGGAAUCAAGCCCAAUCCCAUUUACUGAUGCUACAUAUUAUAGGGUUGGGUUUUAUGGUGAGAAAUUUGGGAAGCUGGACAGGAAGGAAUACGUGUACCGAGAACCCCGUGAUGUACGAUUAGGUGACAUAAUGGAGAAGCUUAGUCAUAUAUACGAGUCCAAGAUGGAUGGCAAUCACACAUUGCAUAUUAUUCCAGAUUCAAGACAAGUGAAGGCAGAUGAAUUGCAGCCUGGAGUCUGCUACCUACAGAUAACUGCUGUUGAAGCAGUCAUGGAAGAUGAAGAUUUGGGGAGCAGAAGGGAAAGAAUCUUCUCUCUUUCCACUGGAAGUGUCCGUGCCCGUGUCUUUGACCGAUUUUUGUUUGAUACUCCAUUCACAAAAAAUGGUAAGACCCAAGGUGGUCUUGAAGACCAAUGGAAGAGGCGAACUGUUCUCGAAACAGAAGGUUCCUUCCCAGCAUUGGUGAAUAGGCUCUUGGUAAUCAAGUCCGAAUCCCUUGAAUUCUCUCCUGUGGAGAACGCAAUUGGGAUGAUCGAAACACGAACAGCUGCACUACGAAACGAGCUUGAAGAGCCUCGCAGUUCUGAAGGUGAUCAACUCCCACGCCUUCAGAGUCUGCAAAGAAUCCUUCAAGGCAGUGUUGCAGUUCAGGUGAACAGCGGAGUUCUGAGUGUUUGCACAGCCUUCCUAUCCGGCGAGCCCGCAACAAGACUACGUUCACAAGAACUGCAGCAACUCAUCGCUGCACUCCUCGAAUUCAUGGCUGUCUGCAAGCGUGCCAUACGAGUACACUUUCGACUCAUUGGAGAGGAAGACCAAGAGUUCCACACACAGCUUGUGAAUGGAUUUCAGUCACUCACUGCAGAGUUAUCUCAUUACAUCCCCGCCAUUCUCUCAGAGCUAUGAAAGUCUCUCUCGGCUGCAGCAAAAAUUUGUUGAUAGAAUUUUGUAAUUUUGUAUUUGCCUACGAUUUGUACACAUAUUUCACUGAUGUUAAUAUAUGUAACCAAUGUGCUUGUGUACUAUUUUUUCCUUCUGGGCAAUUUUUUUGUUUUUCUGUUUUAUUGGCUUCAAAAUGUAAUGGUGCUGCCCCUUUCCUUUCUAUGCAUUCUUUUGCCCAAGCAUUUGUGCUAAUUGUGUGAACAGCUGAUACCAUCCAAAGUUACAUUACUGGGGUAAA